AAUAAACUAAAAUAUAUUGUUGUACAUAUCAUACGCAACAUUUUUAAAGGAUGCAUGCUGUUGGAUUACACUCAGCAUUGGCUAUAAAAAGGCAACGCAAGCGACGAGACGAGCAGCGUCGUGCUGAAGAACGUCGAUAUAGCAGUCAAUCAGGUGAAAGUGGAUUGACAUCACCAAAAGAAUCAAUUGCUUUAUUUGAUAAAAGUAUUCAUCAACAUCGAAAGAUAAAUUCUCAACAAUAUUCUACUCAAGGAAUGGUACAUUCCAAAGUUAUUACAUCAAUUGGGAUGUUACAUAUUGCAGUAGUUUUUUUAGUUUUAGGAACAUUUUUAUUAAUUAGUGGUAUUUUUCCCAGUAAUAUUACAUCAAGGAAAAUAAAAGAACCUGAAAUAUGGUGGAAUGAACUUACUAUCGUUGGUAUAUUUUUAAUAAUAGCAGGAUGUUUUUUUAUAAUAUUAAAUCGUGUAAUAGUCAAAAGAGAAGAAAAUAAUUUAGAAACAUAUGUGCAACGUCAAUUAAUGAGAUCUAAAUCUGGACACACACUUGAAAGGGAUUUGGAAACUGGAGUUCUGAAUACCAAACAUACGUAUAAUAUGAACCAAUUUAAAUAUUCAACUGACAAUACUAUUAAAAUUAUGAAAAGUACCAUAUCUCAAAUUGAAAGUCCAGUAUUUUUAACAGAAAACAAUAAUUCAAAAAUACAAACAAAACUCUUUUUGGAACAAAUUUCAGAAGAGCAAAAGAUGAUUGGAGCAAUGCCAGCAGUUGCUGUUCGUCAUGAAAGGCGUCGGCAAGAGAAUAGAAUCAAACGUCCAAGUCAAUUAUAUCUUGGAGGUCAUUGGACUCAACCUCCUCAAAUGUCUCCACUAACACCAAAUUCAUAUAUUCAAAAUAAACAUAUAGAAUCGCUACCAGAAGUAUAUUUAUGUGGAAAGAUUUCUGGCUUGCACACUGUUGUGAUUUGUCUUCUUCUUGGAGCAGUCAUAUUAGUUGUCGGAUUAGUACAACUUGCCCCAGGAGCAACAACAUCUGAUCAUAAAUUGGCUUUACUUAUAUCAGGAUCUUUACUACUUUUAUUUGGUAUAUGUUUGGCCGGACUUCGAUGUUAUUUGCUUCACUGUACAUUUAUAUCAGCAGACUCUCCUUCAUCUUCUGGAUCUCAUGCAGCAUCAGAAAAUUUUGCACAAACACACAUAACAUCAAAUUUAUAAACUUAAAUCAUGAAAAUAAAUUA